AUGAGAUAUGCCUCUAGAAUUUCCAGACUCCUGAAGCACCGGACGGUGCUGAUUGAUCAUGCCGGUCGAGCGCGAGACUGGGUUGGGGCGCUUUGCAUGCUGCAUGAGAUGGGCGGGGCUCGGCUGCUGGCUAACCUCAUCACUUUCAACGCCAACAUUACAGCGUGCGCCAGAAGUUCUCAGUGGCAGUCUUCGCUUGCAUUGCUACUGGAACUCCGAGAGAGAAAACUCGAGCCGGACUGCACAUCGUACAACUCGACAAUUACCGCUUGCGAAAGGGGCUCGGCGAUGCAGAUGGCUUCUGAAGUCUUGGUUCAGAUGCAUGAUGCAGGUGUCCAGGCAGAUCUGUACACAUACAAUGCUAGUUUAAGCGGGCAUGGGAAGGAUGCAAAGUGGGAGAUUGCCAUGCAGCUCCUGGUUGCUAUGGCAAGAAGACGCACUGAGCCGGAUGUUGUAAGCUUCGGAGCUGCCCUCAGUGCAUGUGAGAAGGCUUCGCAGUGGUUGGCCGCUGUGCAGCUGCUCGGGACUAUGCGCUCCACAAGGCUAGAUCCCAACGUCAUCAUCUACAGCACCUCCAUUAGCGCUUGUGCGAAGUCCUCGCAAUGGCAGUGCGCCCUUCAUGUCCUCAGGGAGUUGCAGGCGCAGUUUAUGAGAGCCGAUGUGGUGGCCUACUCUGCAGCCAUCAGUGCAUGCAAGAAGGGAGCUGCUUGGCAGUCAGCCUUGGAGCUCCUUCAACACAUGAAGCGGAAUGGCCCACAGCCCAACAUCAUUGCCUACACGGCCAGCAUGAAUGCUUGUGAACGCGGCUCCUACUGGCCACUAACUCUGCAGCUCAUGCAAGAAGUGAAAGGACGCUCCAUGGAGCCGACAGAGAUCACGUACGGAGCGGCCAUGACGGCUUGUAGCAGGGGCUCCCUGUGGCAGUACGCCUUGAUGGUCUUGGAUGAGAUGCAGGUGGCCGCCGUCAGCCCGGACUCCUUGAUUUUCAAUGCAUGUGUGGGAGCCUGCAGACGCGGAUCCCAGGGGCACAGACUCCACGUCUCGAGAAGCAUAGUGAUGGUCGGCUCGGCUUUGACGCCACCCGCACGCUUGACAAAUGAGCUGCCAGUAUUUCAGCUUGCGGCAAAGAGUGUUCGGCCACCUUUGCCCAGCACGAUGCGAACUUCCAUGGAGCUGCGGGCAGCCACCGCCAAGGGGCCUGGAGGUGUUGCUGUGAAAGAUUCCCGAGGCAUGUCAGGGACGCUUAUGCUGGUGUUGCCCUUCAUUGCCUCAGCCGUGGCCAAUCGUGUGGCAAAUCGCGUACUUUUGGUUCCGAUGGCCGGGCAUACCCUCUUCCUCUCUCUUGCAACAAGCACUGCGCAGCUGACUGCCUACUUGCUGCUUCUCGCUUGGAGGGCGUGGAAGCAACUCGCAAUAAGUGACAUGUGCCAGUUCGUGGCAGCACACUGGAAGCUGCUGCUGCUGGUGGGUGCAUGCGAGGGGGCCUUUUAUCCCCUGGUUUUUGCAGCAGCAGCGAAAUUGCCUGGAGGACUGGUGCAGGCCUGGGAAACCAUCUCUGCCCGGUUUCCGACAUGGGUUUUCAGUGUUAAAUGUUCCUACAGUACCCCUUCUUCGCAAUAUAUCGUCGCAACUUUUUGGUACAUGUCAAUUGUGACAUGUCAAAAUGUAUGUGUGUUAUUCCGCAGACCGCUUUUGCACGAAGCGCUCUUGCACUUGGCCGUGGGUUUGCUUCAAGUGGCCCGAUGUCGUGGUGAUCCCUGA